UGCGUUUCAGAGACCUGUUGGAUCUCAUGAUAAUUCAUGAAUUUUUGGGCCUUGUUUUCCUCGUCGAUGCAAUGAUCAAUACAUGCUUAGGACUUGCGGGAUCACACAGAAUCCGCGGUUGUGGCUACCUUGGUAAGGCGCGAAUAACUUUGGCCGUCACGGUGUUUAGAUUACGAUCAUGAUACUCGCGUCGGAGUAUUGACCAUGAUUGUAGGUAGGGCGCCUGACAUGCUUCAGCUCUAUGUUGAUUUUGGACUGCACGAUGAUGGAAGCGGACAUGUUGGAUUGAAAACACCUCCCACCCAUGAAGCGCUCACCCUCGCCAACCCGGGAGCCAGCCACGAAACUCGAUGGAAAGGUUUGACGGGAACAUCGAGUCGCUUUGAAUUAUUCCUAGGAUUCGCUGCCAGAAUAUUCAAGGCCGGAAGGUAAGACAAGAUUUGCUAAACUAUGCGACGGAUCAAUUGUAAAGAAAUUUGGGAAGGAGCAUGUUUGACGCAGGCCAGUAAACGGCAUCUAACAUCACCAUCAGUUCGUUGUAUCCCAUCCUGAGACAUUUCCAUGUUUGAUAUAAUUGCAGUUUCGAUCCGUCAGGCGUCAGGAUUUAGGAGAGCUUACCAGGUACAUCAUUACCUUACGGAACGUCAUUUGAUUGUGACUGACUAUCCGCACAGCACAAAUUAUGACCGACUUUCUGCACAGGAAAUAGUGUUUUCUCGAGAGCAGGACUCUGACAUUUGUGCAUGAAUUCCUCGAGGCUAAAGCGUUUUUACCUGUCUAACUGCAGAUCAGUCUACUAUGUUAGCAUCAGUUACAUUGCGCUUUCAGUGAGUGUAUGAC